GUCCCGGUGGUGUUAAAGGGUUAAAAACGAAGAAAAUCAGAGUCGCUUGAUAACGAAAGUGAAAGGUGACGGGGUUUUUGUGCAGUCACUCUGUAGAUAGCAGUCGGCGAGUAAAUGCUCCUGAAGUGCUGUUUACAUAGUAAUGAGCAAACAGAGUGAAGCUAUUAACCCGAGCAAAGACCAGUUUGACGCCGAACAGUCUGAUUUGUUCUAAUCUCUUACCAAAACAGACUAAAGAAGUUAUGGAAGAGCCAUCAGGCACAAAAGAUGACUUUGAAAUGGUCGACCAGUCAGAGACACACAUUACUGCUGAAAGUGAAACUGUUGACACUCAGAUGGAGAUGAACAGAAAUGGCGAUGGUGAAAAAGAACUAAAAUCUUCAGAAGGACAAAAGAUAAACAGAAUGGUUGAAAAACUAGAACAAUGUGAUAAUGUCUGCAAGAAAGCAGAAGGACCAGGAAGCAAAGAGGAAAAUCAAACAACAAAACAGAAAAAUCAUGAAAAUAUAACAAAUGUAUUGUCAGGAAAAAGGUUUUUUGUUCUUCUGUCUGGAAAUACACUGAACGUGCACAAGGCCAUCAUAGAUCAUCUUACAAGACAAACAUCUGACCUUCAGAACGUGUCUACAGUGGAUGAUUGUGAUUUCAUUCUGGUCUUCUGCCCUGUUGUGUCACGAGCAGGAACUGACAUUGAAGCAGCAGUGCAAAAACUUCACAGUUCCUCAGGAACCAAACCUGCAGUUCUGGUGGUGCUCCAUCACACCUUUGAUCCAGAGUGUGUUGUACCAAACAGCAGCAGAGCUGUACACAGAGAGAAUACAGUCACAGUCGACUGUCUGUUUCAUGAAGAUAAGGGAUUACUGCAGUGUCAUAAGAAUUAUGAAUCACUGACCAGAAUUACAGAAAUGAUACAAUCCCAGGCAUCAAGCUCAUGGCUAGGAUGGUGGUUUUCAGGUUCAGCCCCUAAGGAAAAAACUCAAUGUGAACAUGAAGAAGGGAUGGAUAAAAGUCAAACAGAAAGUGGAUCUGAAGGACAGGCUUCAACAUGGUGGUUUUGGCCAGGUCCAGCCCCUAAGGAAAAAACUAAAUGUGAAAAUGAAGAAGGGACGGACAAAGAUCAAACAGAAAGUGGAUCUGAAGCAUCAGUUUCAAUGUGGUGCCCUUUUUUAUCUUCAGCCAUCGAGGAAAAAAACCUCUGUGACAAUGAAGAGGGGAAUGAACAAGGUCAAACAAAAAGUCGAUCUGAAGACUACGUUAUGAUAUGUUCGGGUCAGCCAGCUUCAGCUGCUGAGAAAAAACUAUGUGGUCAUGAAAAAUGGAAGCACAAAGGUCUAACAUACAGGAAAUCUGGAGAACUAAGGUUGAUGCUGCUGGGGAGUAGAUCUGUUCAGACUGCAGUAAAAAACAUCAUUCUGGGCAGAGAGGAUAGGAAUCAGGCUGUUACACCUACAUCCACCCAGCAGAGUGAGAACACACAGGGAGAGGUGGCCGGGAGGAAGGUGAUUGUGAUGGACACUCCUGACUGGUUCUCUCCUGGAAUCUGUCUGGAGGAAAGACUAGAGAAACUAGAGAAUGUGGAUUCAUUGCUGCAUUCUCCAGGGCCUCAUGCCUUUCUCCUGGUCUUACAUGCAAAUCAGCCUACAGGAGAGAAGAAAUCAUUCAUUGAGGAAAUGGUGGAGACUUUGGGAGCAAGCUGUUGGCAAAAUACAAUGAUUAUUUUCAUUGUUUCUGAUAAACAUCAAAGAAAUAACCAAUCAGGAGACCAGGAGAUUCAGAAAAGUGGAAAGGAGGUUUUCUGUCUCAACAUUAAAGAGAGUGGAGAAUGUUCUCAGGUCGCAGAUUUGCUGGAGAAGAUAGAGAAGAUGGUGAACAGAAGAGGAGAGAAAAUCUAUAGCAGUGAUAUUUAUAAACAUACAUUGGUUCAGGUAAGAACGCUUUUGAAAAGUAUAAGAGAGAAAUUAGAGAAAUGUAAAGACCAAAUAAAAAGAGACAGCAAGGAAAAAAUGAGGAAACUUGACCUACCAGAAGAGUUACAGCAAAAAAUGGAAAUGAAAGAAAAUGUACACAUUGCUAGGACGGAGGAAGAAAGAAACAUAAUGAAAAUCAUUUUGCCUGAAAUAUGGAAAAAUAUCUUGGAAUCAAAUGUGAAGAUGCAUGAAAAGUUCAGCAGACAGGAGGAGGGGCAGACGACAUGUAAAAGACCACAUGAAGAGGAAGAUAAAAAGAUAAAAUACAGUAUAAAGAAAAAAAACAUUCAAUCUGAUUAAGGAACAGCAAGAUUUUUUUUUUUUUUUUUUUUUUUUGCAAUGCUAAAUACCUGCAUUUACAAUGAAGUCUUAUCUAUAAUAAUGCAUGCUUUACUACACAUAUCCUAUUUUUGCCAUGCCUAAAUUAGUAUAAACUUAUGAUUAAGUGAACAAUUUAAAUUACAGGAUGCUACAAGCUAGGUCCGGUGUGAUUGAUCUCUUUACAACUUUUCUGACUGUACACACACGCACAUGCCCACAAACACAUAUAUACUCACGCACUAUAAAAUAACAUACAGUAUAUAAUUUUCUUGAUUAGAUAUUGACUGGAGAAGCUGACAUUAACAUAACUGUUUGUAAAUGUUUUACGUUGAUCCUGGAAAAUUUGCAGCUAUGACAUGUACUGUGUUAUUAAUACCAGGCUUUGAAAGCAUAAUUAUCCUUCUUUAAUGUUCCUAAAUCAGUGCUAAAGUACUAUAGACCUAAUAGGUCUAUAAGUAGCACUGAUUAUCAGUUCUGAUUUUUGUGAUAUUCUGUCUAUAACAUGUAUGGUAGUUAAGUAUCGGCACUGUGUAAUGGUCAAGUUUUUUUGGGAAAUCAUGCAAAGGAUAGGUUUCGGAAAAUUACAUAUUUGGCAUUUCUUUAUUGUUAACUUCAAUAAGCUUGUGACUGCUUAUGAUUCAUAUACUGUAUAAUGUGGAUUUUAAACACUCAUAUUAAUCAUAUAAGAUUUGAAUUCUAUUAAAGUUUAUCAUAGUUGUAUGAGAAAAAAACAA